AUGAUAAGUUUGAAGAAAAAUCAUCAAAUGAUAAAAGAAAUACGGUAUUUGAUGCUUAACGAAUAUGACACAAAUCAUUAUAGUUCUAAUGAGUGUAAUUCUAAUGAGAUGAGUUAUAAUAACAAUAGUGAUGACAGUUAUGAUAACUUGAGUUUGUAUGAUAUUUCUGAAAAAGAAAUGGAAAACAUAGAAAAGAGAAUUUACAAGAAACAAAAGCAAAGUGUUAUAAUAUCGGUGGAAGAAGCAAUACGUAUAAUACAGAUUACGGUAUGUGAUACCAAUAACUAUAUAAGAGAAACAAUUAUAAAAACGAAUGACGCCUAUGACAGAAUAACGGCCAGAGAUGUAUAUUCCCCUGUAAACGUGCCGCCUUAUAAGACUUCCGCUAAACAUGGAUACGCUGUGUUGGCCAGCGACGGGAAGGGUGUAAGGAAAGUGUUGAAAGCACAAGCCACGUUUGAUAAAAUUUCUGUCGUACCUGGCACUUGCAUGCGUGUAAGAAGUGGAGAUGCCAUACCCAAUGGAGCAAAUACGGUUGUAACGCCAGAGAAUAUAAAGAUAUUGGACGAAUGCAACGAUAAUGAUGACAAUUGUUUUAAUAUCGACAAGGAAUACGAAAUUGAGGUCUUGGUUGCCCCAGAAAUAAACGAGAACAUCAGAAACGCUGGAGACGAAAUAAAAUGUUUCCAAUUCAUUGUACCAAAAUUCACAUGUCUCGGACCAGCGGAAUUGGGUAUUUUGACAUUAUGUAGCCUCGAUUUAAUUUCAGUCACUGAACUUCCAUCUGUAGGUCUGCUAUCUAUCAGUAGCGAAUUGGAAGAACCGAAAAAUACUUUAACUUUAGGACGCAUCUAUGAAAGCAAUAGAGUAACUCUGACCUCAUUAUUAAAAAAGAAUGGAUACGUUCCCGUCGACUUCGGAAUUUCUGCUUACAAGUUAAACGCUAUAAUAAAAAAAAUCGAAAACGCUUUGGACGAAGUAGAUGUACUUGUGAUAAUGGGCCAUUCAAACGACAAAGAUAUAUUAAAAUCAAUUUUAAGGGAAUAUUUUAACGCUAUGAUACAUUUCGGUCUCUUGAACAUGAAACCAGGGAAAUCGACAAUGUUUGCCUCGUGCACGUACAAUUUUAAGAAGAAGAUUUUCCUGUGCAUGUCGGCAAACCCGGCAACAGUUCCCAUUGUCGCGCAAAUAGUGCUUCUACCACUUCUAAACACGAUGCACGGCAAUUUCUUCAAACGGCCUAUCAUUCUGCAGACUUGCGUGAAUAAUCACGAGUUGCAUUUACGUCCGAAAUUUUUAUGGACUACUGUACAAUGGGCAGAGCAGGAGAUGUUUCCAAGGGCUUAUUGCUCAAAAAAUCGACAUCAGGAUAUAAUAAAAUAUCAAAAGGCUAAUGCACUUUUAAUGUUACCGCCGCGCACGUGGCAGGUACCGAACCAAGAAACUUUUGAUUUUUUCUUGCUACGGCAAUUCAGUAGUGAUGAUCAACAAUUAAAUGAACAAUCAAAUCAACCAAUUGAACAAUUUAGUGCAGAAUUAAAUCAAGCCUCUGUAAUAGAUUCGUAUAUUGUAAACAAUUUAGCAGGAAACGUGAGUCUCAUACAAUUUGUGAAAUGUGAUAAAAAGAGAAUAAAGGAAGAAUUAGUUUAUAUGAGCACUCAGUACAAUGGUAGUGUCAUCUUAUUAGUUGGCGAUACCUUGAGUGAUGUUGUACAUGAUGCAAUUAAAGAAGUUAUCGAUAACAAUGUUCUUAUUGACGUAAACAUAUUUAUAUCAAACUUAACAGAGAACUUAGAAUGUUUCAUCAAACGGCCGAUAUGUGGAAUACGAAACAGCAGUCUUAUUAUUAAUAUGUGUGGCUCCUAUGUAAAUGUGGAAGAAAGUUUGAAAGCAUUUGGAGAUGUAAUACUGGAUAUAUUAUGCUUAAUUAGCAAGUCAAAUAAACAGAUUUUUGAUAUAAAGAAGGAUGAUAGUUGUGUUGAGCCAUCUAAUAAUAAUAAUAAUGAUAAACCUGGAAAUAAUUCUACUGAUGAUAAUUGUUCUGCUGAGGAAUUUGAGAAUAAUAAUAAUGAUGGUUAUUCUGAUGACUUAUUUUAUAAUGAUAGUAAUAAUGAUAAUUCUGCUGGGCCAUCUAAGAAUAAUAUUAAUGAUGAUAUACAUAAUUCUAAUAAGACUUCUAUGGAUCUCUCCUUCGAAGAACAAUCGAAACCCGUAUUGAUAAUGAAAGACUUUUAUAAGAAACAAAAGGGAAGCGAAAUGGUAUCACUGGAAGAGGCAAAAGAUAUAAUGAAAAAAGUAAUAGACAAACAUUAUGAAAGACGUAUAGAAACCGUACAGACGAAUGAUGCCUAUGGCAGAAUAGUGGCCAAAGACAUAUAUUCGUCUGUAAACGUGCCGCCUUGUUGUAUUUCCGCUAAACAUGGAUACGCGGUGUUGGCCAGUGACGGGGAAGGUGUCAGAAAAGUAUUGAAAUCAAAUCUCACGUUAAUCAAAAAGAUUUUGAUUGUACCUGGCACUUGCAUGCGAGUAAGAAGUGGAGAUCCUAUACCCGAUGGAGCAACGGCGGUUGUAAAGUCUGCGAAUACAAAGGUAAUAGAUGAAUACGAUAAUGAUGAUUAUUUUAAUAUCGACAGCAAGGAAUACGAAAUUGAGGUUUUAGUCGCUCCAAAAGAGGGUGAAAAUAUUAGAAACGCUGGCUGCGAAAUAGGGUCCAAUGAGAUUGUUAAACGCUCACACAGUCGUGUUAAAACAGCGGAUCUGGGCAUUUUGACAUUAUGUGACAUCGAUUCAAUUACAGUCCUGAAACUUCCAUCUGUAGGUCUGCUAUUUAUCGAUUAUGAUUUAUUAAAAUUUGAAAAGGUUUCAAAACUAGGACGCAUCUACGACUGCAACAAGAUAAUUGUGUUCUCGUUAUUGAAGAAGAACGGUUAUGAUCCUAUGGACUUUGGAGUUUCGGCUUAUGAGCCGAAUAUUAUGAAAUACAGAAUCAUGGACGCUUUGGACAAAGUUGACUUACUCGUGAUAAUAGGCCGUGCGAACGAUAAAGAUAUAUUGAAGCCCACCUUAAAGAUAUUUUUCGACGCUGAUAUACAUUUCGGUGGCGUGAAUAUAAAACCCGGGAAAUCGACAACAUUUGCAACGUGUGAGUUCAACAAGAAGAGGAAGUUCUUCCUGUGUAUGUCGGCAAAUCCAGCGACCGUACCCAUUAUCACGCAUGUAUUGCUUCUGCCGUUAUUGAACAUACUAAGCUACAAUUCAGACGAUAAUCCCUUAAAGAUACAGACCCGCAUAAAAACAUCUCACGACCUGCACCUGCGUCCGAAACUUUCGUGGACAUCCUUACAGUGGUCAGAGAAGGAAGUGGAAAUGUAUCCAACUGCUCACUGCACGAGUACUGAUCAGCACAUGAUGAAAUAUCAAUUCAGUAACGCUCUUCUAAUGCUACCGAGCUACACGUCGGAGGUGCCAAAGUUAAAUGCGAACUCAGCAUUUUUAUCGGCGAUGUUUACGGGCAACUGA